ACUUAUAAAUUAGCCCCCACUCUCCUCCUCCACCCAACUUUUCCCAAUUCCUAUCAAUAUAUUUAUAUUUAUAUAUAUAAAUACUUGAUUUUCUCUAAGUAGCUUCUUGAAUUGGGGUGGUGGAGGUUAAAGCUGAGUUAGUAUAUAUACUCUGAUCUUCUACUUACACUCAUUCCAGCCUCAUUUCUACUUCUGCUACUGCAAUUAAUUUCUCUAUCUCCCAUCAUUUCUUAAUAACUUGAAUUGACUGCAAAAACCCAUUGUUUCAACUUUGAAGCUCUGAUCUCCCAUUUCUCCCCCUUUCAAUUCUGAGGUGACCCAGCAUAUAUUCAUUCUUCUUUCUUCUCAGAGGACCAAAAAAGGACCAAAUUAAACCAUCCAUCUUCAAGCUUAAUGGCUCUCUCCUGUACUGCAAUUCCCAGCCUUGUCCUGCUCCUCUGCUUUCAAGGUGCCAUAGCUGCAAAAUUUACAUUUGUAAACAAUUGUGAGCAAACAGUGUGGCCUGGAAUUCUGGGCACUCCCGAGCUAGACGCCACAGGGUUUGAGCUAACCAAAGGCAAUUCUCGAACAUUCCAAGCCCCAACCGGGUGGUCGGGCCGGUUCUGGGGCCGAACCGGCUGCAACUUUGACGAUUCGGGUCAAGGCUCAUGUCUCACCGGCGACUGCGGCUCCGGCCAAAUGGAGUGCAACGGCGAGGGAGCACAGCCGCCGGCGACCCUAGCCGAGUUCACCCUCGGCGCCGGCGGCUCACAGGACUUCUAUGACGUCAGCUUGGUGGACGGGUUCAAUCUCCCCAUGAUGGUGGAUGUGAGUGGCGGCGGGUCGGGUCCCUGCGCGCCCACGGGUUGUGGCGACGAUUUGAACCAAAAAUGUCCGGCGGAGCUGAGAACCGAAGGCGGCAGAGCUUGCAGAAGCGCGUGCGACGCGUUCAAGACGCCGCAGUAUUGUUGCUCCGGCGCGUACGGAUCUCCGUCGACGUGUUCUCCUUCGGUGUACUCGCAGAUCUUCAAAUCGGUGUGCCCUAAAUCGUAUAGCUACGCAUACGAUGACACCACCAGUACUUUCACAUGUACAGACGCCGAUUACAUCAUCACAUUUUGUCCUCCAUCAUCAUCAUCUGCUAGUAAAAAAGGGUCGAACUCGAGUACAACAGUUGGGUCGGGGUCAGGAUCGGAGCCGGCACCGGAAUCAGGAUCCGGCGCCGGGGCGGCGGUGGGGACGGGGGAGACGGCGAUGCUGGCGGACGGGACGUGGUUGGCAAGUUUGGCCACCGGAGAUUCAACAACAAUUCACCCAUUUACUGCAAUUCAAUUUCUCUCUUCCAUCAUUGCUCUUGUAGUUCUACACAAUUUAUUUAUGCUAUUAUAGAAUUAUUAUAUUUUUCUUAUUUAUUUAUUCUAUUUUUUUAAUUCCAAA